AUGGUGGAUGAGGAUGAUGUAGACGGCCAGGAUGCCACGACAAUUGGCGAGCCAGAGGAAGAAGAGGUGGUAGAAGAGGAAGAGGAAGAGGAAGAGGAAGAGGACGAGAGCUCUGAAGAUGAGCAUGUCGAAUCCAGUGUCCAGGCCGAUAUGGACCGGCUACAGCAAGACUUCCCCGGAUUUCGAGAUCGGUAUAAGCUGAUCAAGCGCAUUGGAGAAGGCACCUUCUCUACCGUCUUCAAGGCCGAAGACAUCCACUAUGAUCGAUACGACAACAGCUGGGACUAUGAAGACGAUUUGUCCAAAUGGACCCCUCCUCCUCUCAAAGGACGCUCGAAUGGGUCUCGCUCCCCGCGGAAACGAACGCGUUAUGUAGCCAUCAAGAAGAUUUACGUCACAUCCAGUCCUGCGCGAAUCCUCAACGAGCUCGAGCUAUUACAUGAUUUACGACAAUGCGCAUCCGUCUGUCCUCUCAUUACUGCCUUUCGCCAUACCGACCAGGUCGUUGCCAUUCUUCCAUAUUUCCGUCAUGGCGACUUUCGAGCGUAUUUCAGGGAGAUGACAGUUCCUGAUAUUGCUAUAUAUCUUCGCUCCUUAUUCACUGCUCUCAAGAGCGUGCACGAGCAUAAAAUUCUACACCGGGACAUUAAGCCUACGAAUUUCCUCUACGACCCAACAACCCAGCAUGGCGUCCUCGUGGAUUUUGGAUUGGCUGAACGGGAGGGCACAGAUAACAAACCAUGCCUCUGCCACGAGGCGAGAGAAACGCGGAAGCAUCGCCAGGCAAGCUCUGCCUGGGCACAAACAUCGAUGACUACACAGCCGGGCUACCCUAAAUCAGACACUCGUCCCUCCCGGCGGGCCAAUCGUGCAGGUACUCGAGGGUUCCGCGCCCCGGAAGUGCUAUUCAAGUGUACGGAACAAACCCCGGCAAUCGACAUAUGGUCGGCUGGCGUCAUACUUCUCACGAUCUUGUCGAAGCGAUUCCCCUUCUUUAAUUCCGCUGAUGAUGUCGAGGCAAUGAUUGAGAUUGCAACAAUAUUCGGGUCUAGGCGAAUGAAGGCAGCUGGGCUUUUGCACGGUUGCGUCUUCGAGACAACUAUACCCACAAUUGGCCAGCAGGGCUUCACUAUGGAGAAGAUUAUCUUGUGGAGCACAUGCAGGGCAGAGGAUAAACCUCUAACUACUGACGAAAAGCUUGCGAUCCGAUUCCUUGAACGAUGCAUGGAGUUGGACCCAAGCCGACGAAUCACGGCACAAGAAGCUCUGGACCAUGAGUUUCUAAACAUAGGACUAGCGUCUCAUGAAACCACGGAUGAAGACGAGGUCGACAUGCUCCCUGCAUGA